AUGUUACUUCUGUGGGCCUGGUUCACUCUUCCAUGUGCUGCUCUGCCCCCACUGAGCCCUCAAUCCAGCCUCUGCAGUGGAAUGCGUUGUGAAAAGGGAACCAUCUGCAUCGUUAGGCAAGAACAGCCACAGUGUGUCGCGGAAUCUCAGACUUGUCACUCCAACCAAUGCCCAGCGGGGACUGCGUGUGAGGUAGCCCAGGGCGUCCCCAGGUGUAUCCCUUCUGCACAGUCUUGUCAUCACAUCAGAUGCCCAGCUGGGACGAGAUGUGAACUGCUGGAUGGCUUUCCGAGAUGCGUAGCAGCACCGCCGUCAUGCGCCAACACUCGCUGCAAAGAAAGCACCAUCUGCACAAUGACCAACAACGUCCCUCAAUGUAUCCCAGUGCCGUCCUGCCAAAACAUCAGAUGCCACCCAGGGACUGUGUGCAGCUCUGUGAACGGGUGGCCUGUGUGCGCGCCCAUCCGGCCUUCCUGUGAUAAAGUCUCAUGCCACGACGGAACUGUGUGUGAGAUGGUUCGAGGCCAGCCAAAAUGUGUCCCAUCACCAGCAUCCUGCAAUGUCCUUCUGUGUGCAAAAGGAACCACGUGUAAGAUAGUCGGUGGACAUCCAAAGUGUGUCUCAGGACCUUCAUCUUGUCGUGAUAUAAAAUGUGCUGUUGGGGAGACAUGCAAGAUGGAAAAUGACUUGCCCAGAUGUCUAACCAUCCCAACAUCCUGUGAAAAAAUUCACUGCAGACUGGGAACGAUGUGCGAGUUAGUUGAUAGCGUACCCACUUGCGUAUCUAUCCUACCUUCUUGCAACAGGGUUGAAUGCCAGUCAGGAAGCAUUUGCAAGAUGAUUGACGGCUGGCCAAACUGUGUGCCGGCUACCCCUGUACCAUCCUGUGGUGAAAGACACUGCAAAGUGGGGACUGUAUGUCAUACUGUGGAUGGGUUCCCCAAAUGCAUCCCCAUGCUACCUUCCUGUGAUAAAGUCCAGUGCCAACCAGAAACCGUUUGUACGAUCACCGAUGGCUGGCCCAAAUGUGUUCCCGUCCCACCGUCUUGUGACAAAUACCGCUGCAGAGGAGGAACUGUUUGCAGAGUUGUUGACAAUUGGCCCAAAUGUGUUCCCAUCCCAACUUCUUGCGACAACGUGAGAUGUCAAGAAGGGACUGUUUGCCAAAUGAUCGAUAGUUGGCCCAAAUGUGUUCCCACCAGCACAUCAUGUGACAAAUACCAAUGCAAAGCUGGCACUGUGUGUGAAAUGGUUGAUAGCUGGGCCAAAUGUGUUCCCAUCACACCGUCUUGUGACAAAUACCAAUGCAAGGUGGGAACCACAUGUCAAGUCGUUGAUGGGUUCCCCAAAUGUGUUCGUACCCCACAAUCCUGUGACGAUCAUCACUGCCAUAUAGGGACCAUAUGUCAAGUUGUUGAUGGGUCCCCCAAAUGUGUUCGCACCCCACAAUCCUGUGCCAAUCAUCACUGUGAAGUGGGGACUGAAUGUCAUGUUGUUGAUGGGUUCCCCAAAUGUGUUCGCACCCCACAAUCUUGUGCCAAUCAUCGCUGUGAUGUGGGGACUAUAUGUCAAGUUGUUGAUGGGUUCCCAAAAUGUGUCCGCACCCCACAAUCCUGUGACAAUCAUCACUGCCAUGUGGGGACCAUAUGUCAAGUUGUUGAUGGGUUCCCCAAAUGUGUUCCCAUCCCACAAUCCUGUGCCAAUCAUCACUGCCAGGUGGGGACUGAAUGUCAUGUUGUUGAUGGGUUCCCCAAAUGUGUUCACACCCCACAAUCCUGUGCCACUCAUCACUGCCAUGUGGGAACCAUAUGUCAAGUUGUUGAUGGGUUCCCCAAAUGUGUUCACACCCCACAAUCCUGUGCCACUCAUCACUGCCAUGUGGGAACCAUAUGUCAAGUUGUUGAUGGGUUCCCCAAAUGUGUUCACUCCCCACAAUCCUGUGCCAAUCAUCACUGCCAUGUGGGGACUGAAUGUCAGAUUGUUGAUGGGUUCCCCAAAUGUGUUCACACCCCACAAUCCUGUGCCACUCAUCACUGCCAUGUGGGAACCAUAUGUCAAGUUGUUGAUGGGUUCCCCAAAUGUGUGCACACCCCACAAUCCUGUGCCACUCAUCACUGCCAUGUGGGAACCAUAUGUCAAGUUGUUGAUGGGUUCCCCAAAUGUGUUCACACCCCACAAUCCUGUGCCAAUCAUCACUGCCAUGUGGGUACUGAAUGUCAUAUUGUUGAUGGGUUCCCCAAAUGUGUUCGCACACCACAAGCCUGUGCCAAUCAUCACUGUGAUAUGGGAACUGAAUGUCAUGUUGUUGAUGGUUUCCCCAAAUGUGUUCACACCCCACAAUCCUGUGCCAAUCAUCACUGCCAUGUGGGAACCGUAUGUCAAGUUGUUGAUGGGUUCCCCAAAUGUAUUCACACCCCGCAAUCUUGUGCCAAUCAUCACUGCCAUGUGGGGACUGAAUGUCAUGUUGUUGAUGAGUUCCCCAAAUGUGUUCACAUCCCACAAUCCUGUGCCAAUCUUCACUGCAAUGAGGGAACUGUAUGUCAUGUUGUUGAUGGGUUGGCCAAAUGCGUUCCCAUUCCACAAUCCUGUGACAAUCAUCACUGUGAUAUGGGGACCAUAUGUCAUUUUGUUGAUGGGGUGGCCCAGUGUAUUCCCAUCCCACAAUCCUGUGGCAAUCAUCACUGUGAUGUGGGGACUGUAUGUCAUGUUGUUGAUGGGUUCCCCACAUGUGUUCACAUCCCAAAAUCCUGUGCCAAUCAUCCUUGUGAUUGGGGGGCCUCAUGUCAUGUUGUCAAUGGGAAACCCAAAUGUGUUCCCAUUCCACAAUCAUGUGCCAAUCAACCCUGCGAUUUAGGGGCCAUAUGUCAUGUUGUUGAUGGGUUACCAAAAUGCCUUCCCAUCCCACAACCCUGUGCUAAUUAUCACUGCACUGUGGGGACCGUCUGUCAGGUAGUUGAUGGGUUGCCCAAAUGUGUUCCUUUCCCACAGUCCUGUGCCAAUCAUCCUUGCAAUGCAGGGACUAUAUGUUACGUUAUUGAUGGGAUCCCUAGAUGCCUCCCCAUUCCACAGUCCUGUGCCAAACUCCACUGUAAAGAGGGGACCGUCUGUAACACUGUGGAUGGCAGGCCCCAGUGUGUUCACGUAUCAGGAUCCUGCAGCAGUACACAUUGUAAACAGGGAACUGUAUGUCAGGUCAUCGAUGGUUGGCCCAAAUGUGUGGAAGCUGCCCAAACAUGCCACACAAUUCACUGCAGCACAGGAAUGACCUGUGUAGUCAAGGAUGGUUUACCCAAGUGUGUUCCUGUUUCCCCUACCCAGUCUGCUUGCUGGGCCUCUGGCCAGACACACUACCACACUUUUGAUGGACGCAACUACGAUUUCCACGGUACCUGUGCCUACACCAUGGUCAAGACAUGCCAGCCGAAGUCCAAGCUCCCGUUCUUCCAUGUUUUCACAGAGAGCGAGAAGAGCAGCAGCACCCCGUUCUCUUUCUUCAGCCAGGUCACCGUCACUGUCUACAGCUUCAACGUCACCAUGGUCAAGUAUGAAUAUGGACUCGUCAGAGUCAACCAGGUGCGCUCACGUCUGCCCAUCACUUUGCAUGACGGGAAGAUUUCUCUUCACCACCGGGGUGGCCAACUGGUCAUGGAGACAGACUUUGGCCUGACCCUUUACUACGACUGGAAUUAUUAUCUUGUGGUUAAGGCUACUGCGUCCUUCCGGGGCCACGUCUGCGGCCUCUGCGGCAACUACAACGGAGACCCCAACGACGACUCUGUGACGUCUUCUGGCGGCUUGGCCACUGAUGCCAUUAACUUCGGCAAGAGCUGGAAGGUGGAGGACGGGAAAGGGACCUGCAGCCAUGGAUGCCACGGCAAAUGCUGGCACUGCUCCCCGGCGCUGAUCGCCAGGUACAGCGUGGAGGGCUCUUGCGGACUGAUGGCGAAACACAAGGAGGGUCCUUUCCACCCCUGCCAUUCCGUGCUCGGUUACAAACCUUACGUGGAUAACUGUGUGAGUGACUUGUGUGCUUUCGAUGGCUACAAGCAGAUCUUAUGCGGAGCGUUAAAGACUUACGCCGAUGCCUGCCGAAGAGAAGGAGCAGCAAUAUUGGACUGGAGGAAAGAGGCUGGCUGCCCCCUCUCUUGUCCUGAGAACAGCCGGUACAUGGCCUGCGGUUCAGCGUGCCCUGCCACCUGCAACAACCUUGAUGCUCCGAAGAAGUGCCUCCUACCUUGCAUGGAGGCUUGCGAGUGCAACCCAGGCUAUGUGCUGGAUAGUGGCCGGUGCAUUCCUAGAGACCGGUGCGGCUGCAUCCAUAGGGGUCAGCUCUACGCCCCCAAUGAGCAGUUCUGGGAUGACCAGUAUUGUCGUAGACUUUGCUUGUGUAGGCCGCAGGACAGGGGAGUGAUCUGCCAGGGGUCCCAGUGUGGGGAGAGGUCCAUGUGCGGUGUGGACAACGGCAUCAGGGGCUGCUACCCCAUGAAUUACAGCACCUGCUCUACCCUGGGCCAGUUGCAUUAUUUAACCUUUGAUGGGUUGCACUAUGACUUCUACGGGACGUGCGUUUAUCGCCUGGCCGAACUCUGCCACAGGAGGACAAACCUCACUCACUUCCAAGUCCUUGUGAAACCUGGGCUGGAGGGCCCCGGAGAUCCCUCUGCCACCAAGGUCAUCGAAGUCAACGUCUAUGGGGUGAUUAUCAUAGUCGACCACAACAAAGUCUUGCUGAAUAGCUUGUUGAUCAAUCUGCCGUACAACAUCGAACACAGCAAAGUCUCCCUUUACCGCCAAGGCUGGGAUAUUGUCAUCCACACCGAUUUUGGCGUUACCGUGAUGUUUGAUUGGAGGAACAACGUCCGUCUCACAGUGCCAGGAACUUACGCGGGUCAUUUGUGCGGCUUGUGUGGCAACUUCAACGGGAAUCCGAACGACGACAUGCAGAACCGGAGAGGAGUGUCGCUACCUAUUCCAAGAGACUUUGGCAGAACCUGGAAGGUUCGGGACAUCCCAGGCUGCAUGGAGGUGGAAAAGAAGGAAUGCAUAGAAAUGGGGCAAGUGGAGCUCACCCAGAGGAAGGGCAAGGAAUGUGGGGUCCUAUUAGAUAAGAAUGGUCCCUUCAGGGAUUGCCAUGGCAAGGUGCCACCUACGCUAUACUUCCAAGACUGCGUCUUUGACUAUUGCUCCAACAGGGACAACAAAAACGUUAUAUGUCGCAUUAUCUCCUCCUACGCGGCAGCCUGCCAAGCAGCUGGUGCCAAGAUCAAUGAGUGGAGAGCCACCACCUUCUGCAGGCCAGACUGCCCGGCAAACAGCCAUUACGAAGUCUGUGCCAGCAACUGCCCCGUGACAUGCCGCAGCCUCUUUGACCAGACCGUCUGUAACGCUAUGUGCCACGAAGGGUGUGAGUGUGAUACAGGUUUCGUUUUGAGCAGCGACAGGUGUGUCCCCAUCUCCCAGUGUGGUUGCAUCCACCAAGGCUUCUACUACAGUGUGGGAGAAUCCAUCUAUCCCAACGGGUUCUGCAAGGAACAAUGCCUUUGCCACACAGGUGGCAUUAUGCAGUGCCAGCCUUCCUCCUGUGGUCCUCACGGGGAGUGUCGCGUCGUGGAGGGUGUGCAGACAUGCCACUCCCUCAUGGCCAAGACUGGCACAUGCCAUGUGUUUGGUGACCCCCACUUUCUCACCUUUGAUGGCCUCACGUAUGAUGUCCAGAGCAACUGCACUUAUGUCUUGACGCGGAGUUGCACGCACAAGCACUCCACGCCAUCCUUUGCUGUCAACGUGGAGAACGAGAGGCGGUCCAGGGGGAAAGUCUCCGUCACCAAGUCGGUGUCUGUCACAGUCUAUCAACACACCUUCACCAUAACGCGGGAAAAGAGAGGCUUCAUCAUGGUAGAUGAUGCUGUCCACUCUGUGCCUUUCCGUCUGGUUAGUGGUGGGGUGCGUGUGUACUACCAUGGUGACAACAUCAUACUUCAGACCGACGUCGGCUUGCACGUCUCUUUUGACCAUUUCUACCAUCUCGCCGUCACCGUGCCUCACUCCUUUAAGAGGCAGGUCUGUGGUCUGUGCGGCAACUACAACGACCAACGUCUGGAUGACUUCUCAAUGCCCACUGGGGACAGAGCAACGAGUGUCCUCGCCCUUGUGAGCAGCUGGAGAGCGGACAGGCCGGCGACAGUCUGCACUCAGGACUGUGGCGCUAUGGUGUGCGGCUCUUGCCACGAGAGCCGGAAGGCCAGCUACGUGCACAACAGCCAGUGCGGCAUCCUGCAGGCGCCGUAUGGCCCAUUCAGCAUGUGCUAUUCUACCAUCAACCCCACCAUCUUCUUCAAUAACUGUGUGCAUGACCUCUGCAAGGCGCAAGGGAACCGUGUCAUCCUUUGCCGUGCCAUCCACAGCUAUGUCACCGCUUGUCAAGCUGCUGGCAUCACGAUCAACCCCUGGAGGACACCGCAAUUCUGCCCCAUGAAAUGCCCAGCCAACAGCCAUUACGAACUGUGUGCCAAAGCUUGCCCCCGAGGCUGCCAAGAAGCAACCAGUAUCACCCAAUGCCCUCGAACCUGUGCCGAAGGCUGCCAGUGCGACGAGGGCUACUUUAUGGCUGAGUACCGCUGCGUUCCCAUGAGCCUGUGCCGGUGCUUCUACAAUGGCACAUGGUUUAAGGUGGGAGUGAUGGUGUUGACAGCCGAAUGCCAGCAGCAAUGUAUCUGCCACCGUAAAGGGCGGGUGGUGUGCAACCCCUAUCUGUGUUCCACUGGAAGGUCCUGUGUCUUGAGCAACGGCAAAUGGGACUGCAUUCGGCAGGAGGGUCACUGCACCAUCGCCCAUGGAGAUGUCUUCACCACUUACGAUGGAGUCUCUGGAAAAGUUCCUUCCAUUGGAUCCUAUGAGAUCUCCUCGCUCAUCAACACCACAUCUGCAUCUUGGUUCCAGGUGGUGGCAGUAUUGCAGAAGUGCCCCACGUGCCCCACUCCUGUGGUGGAGUCCGUCAUCGUCUUCUUCCAGAACCUUAUUGUGAGGGUGAACCAGGAGGGUUUAGCUUGGGUGAAUGAGAAUCCUGCUCAUCUCCCAGCCCAGCUUUCCAAGGACGUGUCAGUGAGCCUGAUCCAGGGAGUGAUGACGGUGAAGUUCAGAACAGAUGUCCGUGUUCUCCUCAGCAGCAACGGAGAGGCAACAGUCAUUCUCAGUGGAACACUUUCCUACCAAGUACAAAGAGCAUGUGGGAACUUCAAUGGUAUUGGUGCAGAUGACCUUCGGCUGCCCAACGGUACAAUCGUGAAUAACAUUGGAGUGGUCCUCAGCUACUGGAGAGUCAGAAGGAUGACGCAACCAGGUCUUGGGAAAAUCCAUCCCUAA